AUGCAGUGUAUAAAUUUGAACAAAAUAUACGGAUACUUUUUGAUUUUUCAAUAUAUUGUCUACAAAAUUGUUGGAUUGUCGCCUUGGACUUUGGAAUUGUCGAAAAUAAAACAAAAUUUGUUUUUGUCAAAACAAAACUGGAGAAUUAAUCAAACUCAAAACAACAUCUGCAAAAUUUCGUACGUCGGAUCUGGCUACAACGUUUUUUUGGUAUUAGUAUAUGCGCUGUAUCAUUUUUACUAUCAAUUUUUUUCCGAAGAAAGUGGCGGUAGUAUCUUUAACAACCAGACUUAUAAGAUGAUCAUGAACGUGGCUUCGUUUAUUACAACCGUGAGUUUCAGCUGGAUUUUUAUCUUCUUUGUUUCUACACAGAAAUCUAUGAUAAACAUUAUCGACCGGUUGAUCAGUGUCAAUAAAAAAUUGAACAUAAGUGCAGAUUCUUACUCAAAAGAUUUUUUGAGUUACUUCAUUGUCAUUACUAACUUCUUAGUUUCACUUGUGAAGAUUCUGUUAGUGCUGCCAAAUUCGUCCAUAAGUUCCGUUCUGUCCGAAAAUUCUUCUAAUGUGGUCUGCAGUUGGAUAAUCGUACAAUUCACUCUGCUUCUGGGCAUUGUUGGCAAGCAGAUCGAGGCGGUCAAUUUAUCUAUUAAGAAAAUGGACGAUGUCAGAAGUGAUCUUGCUCAAAUUCCUGCAUUGAGGGUCAAUAGAUUGUUAGAGGAUGAAUCCGCUUGUCGACAAAUCAAGAACAUCAAGAGAAUUUACAUUGAAUUGUGGGAAAUUUCUGGAGAAAUAAACAAUUUGUAUGGACUAACUGUUUUGAUUUCUCUCCUGCUCUUUAGCUUCGAGAUCAUUGUCAGUUUACACAUGAUAUUCACACUGCCUCUUCUAAAAGCUUUAAGCUUUAUUUUUCUCCAUAUUGCGACAGGAAUGAUUGCCCCUUGGGGAAUUUUUUUGUUUUUGGUGCUAACUUCUGCAGUUUCCAAAACUACUGAUCUGAGUAAAAAAACAGGGCAAAUUAUUAGCUUACUGUCAAAUCGACGUCCGAUAAAUCCAAAAGUCAAGGAACAGCUGUAUAAAUUUUCGAAUGAUCUUUCGCAUUUUAAAGUAGAGUUUUCUGCUUAUGGAGCCUUACCAUUGGAUCGAGAUCUCUUAGGAAUUGUAAGUUCUGAUUUUUCUCAUAAUGAAAAUUAUUUUCUUAAUUAA